AUGUGUUACGCAUUUGUGAAUUUAAUCUGUGCGUUGCAUUCAUUGUUAAAAGUACCGAAUUGGAGACCGCGGUUCCGUUAUUAUCAUUGGUCCUUAUCAUUAACCGGUGCAGCUCUGUGUUUCUUCAUAAUGUUCGCAUCACAUUGGCAGUAUGCAGUAUUUUCAAUCAUUUUGACUUUUGUUAUCUACAAGUAUGUGGAAUGGAAAGGGGCUAAGAAAGAAUGGGGUGAUGGAAUACGAGGUUUGGCUCUGUCAACAGCACAGUACAGUUUGCUGAAGGUUGAGGACAAGGAUCCACAUCCGAAAAACUGGCGGCCACAAUUGCUUGUUUUGGUGUAUGAUUCUUUCUGGUCCAAUAGUGUCAUGGACAAAUGGAAUGUUAAUUUAAUUAAUUUGGCUGGACAGUUAAAAGCAGGACGCGGACUGGCUAUUGUGGUGGCCCUUAUAAAAGGUUCUAGCUGGAACUGUGGUGAUCGACAAAAAGCUGAAGAGAUGAAAGAGAGGAUCCAACACGAGAUGCUGCGCGUUCAUUUGCGUGGUUUUGGCAAAACGUUACUUUUUGACGAAAAUCAGAUGCAUGGAUGCUUUGCGACGUUAUUUCAAAGUAUCGGUAUUGGUGGUCUGAAGCCGAACACUGUCUUAAUGAAUUGGCCUAAAAUAGAAGAGGAAAACGCAGUCUUUGCUGUAGAAUUGGUCGAAGCUGUAGCGAAUGAUGAAUGCAUUAUGCUAGCCAAAGGUAUAACAGAAUUCCCAUCAUCAUCUAGCGAUCGCCUAACUGGUUAUAUUGAUAUAUGGUGGAUUUUACUUGAUGGUGAUCUCCUUAUGCUGACUGCAUUCCUUCUCAAACAACAUAAAAUAUGGCGGGGCUGUAAAUUGAGAAUUUUUGCAAUCGCUGAAAUACCGGGAAAAAAUGUUGAAUUAAAAGCAAUGCUGCAAAAAUACAUUUACAUGUUGCGUAUCGAUGCAACAGUUUUUAUAGUAGACGACAAUGUGGAUCACGGAAAUGAACCUGAAACUUCGAGUGGACUGAUUCAUAGUGCUGAUGCACUCAUGAUUACCACCAAGGAAAAAAAAAAUGACCACAAAAGCAAAAAAAUAAUUAGAGGUGCUGCUAGUGAAAAUAAUGAAAUGCAAGCAGAAACAACUUUUAUUCCGAAUGGUUUAUCUUCAUUUUCAAAAGACUACUUAUCGGUUUACAAUCAAAGAGAAAUCGAAUUUCAUAACGAUGAAAAUUGGAAGGGUACUUUGGAAACAAUAAAACGUUUCAACGAGGUUAUCGUGGGAAAUUCGAAAGAUUCACAGUUGGUCCUUCUUAGUCUUCCUCGUCCACCAGUAAAUAAAGAAAAAAUAUUGUCGCACUAUAUGCGUUACAUCAGUACACUCACUCUGAAUCUUCAACGAGUUUUAUUCAUCGGUGGAAGUGGUAAAGAAGUUGUCACAAUCAAUUCUUGA